AAUAUCUGCUCACAUCGUAGUGUAGCGUGACUGUGAUAGGUUCAGGUUUUCUAACCUGAAUAUAAUCGUUAACUUUAACGAUUCAUAAUAUUCAUAUCUCGAUUUGCGGGGCAGAGUGAUGUUUAUUUCUGCCAGAUUCUUUUGUUUCAUGCAAAAAUACGAACAAGGAUAAUUUAAUUGAUUUUUGUGCGGAGAUAGUCCGAACAAUUACCAUACAUUUUUAUUGAUUUUUACUAUUAAGAUUUGUAGUGAAGGGGUUAUUCUAAAUAAAUACCAAUUGCGAUUAUUGCUAAUUUUUGUCUCAAAAUCAACAAGGCAGUUAUGGAUAUACAAACAGUAAAUACUCGAAGAAAAAUAUUAAGCCAAGUAAUUUCCAGUAUUUUAGUAGAGUGUGGUUAUGAUACGUGUGAGAAACAAGUAUUGGAAACACUCACCGAAAUGUUACAGUCAUUUAUUGUGGAGAUUGGCGCUUCAGGAAGAAAUUAUUGUGAACUUUCUGGGAGAACAGAACCUCUUAUAGCAGAUGUGAUAUUGGCAUUAAUUAAUAUGGGCAUAAAAUUAGAUAAUAUAGAGACUUAUGCAAAACGACAAAGUAGAACAGUCCUGCCGACGCUUCAGCAGCAGACACAAGCAAAACAAUUAAAUAUCUUGCAAGCUGGUGUUAAACAAGGCCAUCCAUCACAUAUACCAAAUUAUUUACCAUCUUUUCCUGAUCCACAUGCGUAUAUUAGAACUCCCACACAUAAGCAACCAGUGACUGAAUACGAAGCAAUCAGAGAAAAGGUAGCAACGCAAAAACGAGAUAUCGAGAGAGCUUUAACAAGGUUUAUUGCUAAAACAGGAGAAACACAUAGUUUAUUUCUCACAGAAGAUAAUAGCAUGUUUCCUUUAAUAUCCUGUAAACCACAAUUUCCAAGUUAUAUCUCUGCUCUUUUACCUCAAGACCAAAUAUUCGAACCAGAUCCAGAUUUUCAGUUUGAUUCAAAUCCUGUGAAAAAGAAGAAAGAGCAACAGAACGAAGAUAGACUUACCGAGGAAGGUAACCAAACACAAAACGAAAAUAUGGAACAAAAUGGUGAAACUAUUACUCAGCAAGAUGUUAUAGAUAAUCCGUAUUUAAGACCUGGAAAAAUUCCUAAAAAUAAAAUGUCAAAUACAACGAUACCGGGACAGCAUUCUGUUAAAAAAGAGCUACUUGAAUGUUAAGUAUUAUGAUGUAAUAUUAAUUACUAUAUAAAAUGAGAAUUUGAAAAGUUUACGAUAGUGAUAUCUUUACGAAUUGUAAGUGGAAACUCUCUCUCUCUCUCUCUCUCUCUCUCUCUCUCUCUCUCUCUCUCUCUCCCCCCCUCUCUCGAAUUCUUAUGUAUAGAUCCAUAUUUUAUAUUUGAUCCAUUUUUAUACCUGAAUUAUUAAGUUAGACGAUAAAAAUUAUAUUUUUAUUCUGUAUACUUACAUGAAAGUAUUUCGAAAUACAUGCAUCACUGAAAAUAUAUAUUAUAACAUUCCAUGUCGAUUUUUAGAAUUGAUCCACGUCGUGUAUGCACACAUGUUAUGUACUCACACACGUAACAUAUAUACUAGGAAAUAAUUAUCGUCGUAUUAAAACUCUCUAUCAUAUGGCAAUAUUAAAGCAUGUAGCAUAUAUUAACAACAUUUGAAAAAUAGUUUGGAAACAUAAAAAAAGAAUGUGAUUUAAAUUAUUAUUGCCAUAGAAUUUACAAAUAGAUUUCCUUAUUGUACAAGAUAAUUCACUUAAACUGAAAACUUUAAAUGUUUUAUUUAUUUUUAAUGAUCGAAAAAUUUCUCAAAUGAAAGUGAAAUGGUUUCGAGGGAUACGUCACAUAUCACGCCACGUCUUAGCGCCGAGAUACUACCGUAUCUCCAGAUGUAUAUAUUUUAUAAUUAAUUUAUAUAGCUAUAUAUAUAGGCUAUUUAAUAAAUAUG